AUGGAUAUGGAGCAAGAAGACAUGCAGUUUCUUGGCUUCUUUGGUAUCUGCAGAGAAGCCUUCAAGAUCAUCAAUUCAUGGAGGAAAAUCUUCAGCCAGAUCACCUUUGCCUUAGUCCUCCCUCUAUCUUUAAUCUUCUUGGCUCAAAUGGAAGUCUCCAAGCUCCUCUCCUCAAAGAUCACACACAACAAGAUACUUUUGGAGGAAACCAAAGCAGGCUCUCCUAGAUACCAAAGGCUCUCAGAUGUCCUCAUGUCCGAAGCGAUCACUUUAGGCCUCUUCAAAGUCGCCUACCUCAUCUUCUCCCUCAUCUUCUCUCUCCUCUCUACCUCCGGCGUUGUUUACACCAUCGCUUCCAUCUACACCGGCCGUGAAGUAACGUUCAAGAAGGUCAUGAGCGUUGUCCCUAAGGUUUGGAAACGGCUUAUGCUCACCUUCCUAUGUAAUUCCGUUGCCCACUUUGCAUACAACAUAGUGGCUGCUUUGAUCUUUGUUGUGUGCGCAAGUUUCCUCUUUUUAAUCUUCAACAAUAACUUUUUGGCUCUACUUUGUGUUCUUUUUAUCUUCUACUUGGUGGGUUUGGUAUACAUGGCCAUUGUUUGGCAAUUAGCCAACGUUGUGACCGUGUUGGAAGACACAAGCGGGUUUCAUGCUCUGAGAAAGAGCAGGGCACUGCUAAAGGGCAACAUGUGGGUGGCCACGUUUAUAUUAUUGCUGCUCGGUCUCUGUCAUUUUGCCAUACAAACAUCAUUUCAGAUGCUUGUUGUGCGUGGUGGAUCAUUGGGCGUGGCGAGCAGGUUUGCCUAUGGGAUUAUCUGUUUGGUGUUACUUUUCAUGUUGCUCCUGUUCGGGCUUGUCCUUCGGACAGUGAUCUACUUCGUCUGCAAAUCCUACCACCAUGAAAACAUCGACAAGUUGGCCCUCUCAGAUCACCUCGCAGGCUAUUAUAUUGGAGAAUAUGUUCCUUUGAAGGCCAAGGAUGCUCAACUGGUGCCUUGA